AUAGCGGUGGGAAACCGCACCUUACACCCAGGUGUUUCAACAGCAGACACGGCAAACACAAUGUCAUGAGUAAACAAAACGUUACAUAUUGUAGUAGCCAUUAGGGCCGAAAUUUUGAUUACUUCGCUCAUUUAGAAUUUUCAUGGGAAACCUCGGGGAGUCACAGAGGGGUGAGAAAAUUAGAUUCAACAGAUAUUAGGUUUUCCUCAAGUAUUCAAACAGCAUGUCGGAACCUAGCGGACCAGAUAUUAUACUUCCUGACGACUAUAACCUUAAUUUCACAGAGCAAGAUCUUCUAUUGUUAGAGAAAGGAGCACAAGAGCAUGUUGCCAUGGCAACGGCCGCUGCAGCCAUGGCGUCAUCCAUCCACCAGCCGUUGAGCCGCGUGCCGGUCGGCCCCCCUCCCCUCCUGUCUAUUGGCCAUGCGCUGAUGAACAAACCUGCUCCUCCUUACCCGGCCAUGGAUUUGUCGGUAAGGCAAAAUGACAGGAGACUCACAAAGGAAGCCAUGCGGCAGUACCUGAGGGACCGGCCUGACACAACUGUGGUCAUCAUGACAGCUAAGGUUGCACAGAAGUCAUAUGGCAAUGAGAAAAGGUUUUUCUGCCCCCCUCCCCUGCUGUACCUGAUGGGUGACGGGUGGAAGCACCGCCUGCAGCCGGUGGGCGUGGCUGGGGAGGCUGAGAAUGAGGCUCAGCCGUACGCCUUCAUCGGCAUCGGCAGCGCUGAGCAGGAGAUGCAGCAGAUGAACCUGGAGGGCAAGAACUGGGCUGUAGCAAAAACUCUCUUCAUCUCUGACACGGACAAACGGAAGGCCUUUGAGCUGAAGGUGAAACUGUUCUACGGAACAGGCGAUGAUGUCGGGAUGUUCUGCAGUAAGAAAAUCAAGGUCAUCUCCAAACCCUCCAAGAAGAAGCAGUCUCUUAAAAAUGCUGAAUUGUGUAUCCCAUCAGGCUCCAGGGUGGCACUGUUCAACCGGCUCCGCUCGCAGACCGUCAGUACUCGCUACCUCCACGUGGAGUCUGGGAACUUCCACGCCAGCUCACAGGAGUGGGGAGCCUUCACCAUACAUCUCUUGGAGGAGUCCCAGUCAGAGAGUGAACACUUCACCGUGCGUGAUGGCUACAUCCACUACGGCUCCUGUGUCAAGCUGGUGUGCUGUGUCACAGGCAUGGCACUACCAAGACUGGUGAUCCGUAAGGUGGACAAACAGAUGGCCCAGCUGGCGGCUGAUGACCCAGUGUCCCAGCUGCACAAGUGCUGCUUCCAUCUGAAGGACUCCGACAGGAUGUACCUGUGUGUUUCUCAGGAGAGGAUCAUCCAAUUUCAGGCAGCAGAAUGUCCCAAAGAUUCCACCAAGGAGAUCCUGAACGACGGCGCAGCCUGGACCAUCAUCAGUACAGACCAGGCUGAGUAUUCCUUCUUUGAAGGGAUGGGACCAGUCAAGGGGCCGGUCACACCUGUGCCUAUAGUGGACAGUCUACAGUUAAAUGGAGGAGGGGAUGUUGCCAUGCUGGAACUGAACGGAGAAAACUUCACCUACAACCUGAAGGUGUGGUUUGGGGACGUGGAGGCAGAGACCAUGUUCAGGUGUGGGGAGAGCAUGCUGUGUGUGGUUCCUGACAUCUCAGCGUUCCGUGGUGGAUGGCGCUGGUUCCGACAGCCGACACAGGUGCCGCUGACACUGGUCAGGCAUGACGGUGUCAUCUAUGCAACAGGUUUAACAUUCACCUACACCCCAGAGUUAGGACCCCACCCACCCACAAUAGAAGAAGCCAUCAUGUCUAAUCCAAUCAGACCCAUCCCUGAAGACACACCCGCCACAUUUCCAACCAAUCAUUAUCCAGACCUGGAACAGCUGUGAUGCUAUGUUAGGGACACCAUUGUGAGACUCAUCAUGACGUAGGGUUUCUUUCCUGUUGACAUAUAGCACACUUUCAACUUUAGUAUGUAUACACGACAGAAGCAAAGAUUGAUAUUUACUGUGUGAAAAUAUAUUUAUACAAAAAGAGUCUAGUUGUCAUUUAAACACACGGGAUAUACAACUACACUCAUAGCUUGUAGGAAAUGAAAUCAAUUAUUUCUUUGAUGUUUUCUUGACCUGAUGCAUCUGAUGACCAUGACAGUUAUUAUUGCAUGAUUAUCUUAUUUCACUUGCACAUUACAUAUUGUGUGACAAUAUGCAAUUCCUAGAUGUGUAUAUGUAUAAUACAUACAAUCAUUAAGGUUAUAUGAUACGAUACAUAUACACAUAAAUUGUAAUUAUUGAAUUUAGACUCAAUUUGGACUCAUCUCCCUUGAAUACUAGAUGUUUUGAUUAAUUUUUUUGAGGUGUCUAACAUUUGUUUAACAUCAUGAAGAAAGCAAACUUGAGGAAUUUAGUACCAGCAAUAUACCUUAAAGUUCUAUAUUUCUGCAUGUUAAAGGACCAACAGGUAAGAAGAAUGCUGAAUAUUUGUAUAUUUGGAUUAUUGGUCUAAGAUAAACAAAAUUAAUCAUUAAUUAAAAGAGAUGUGUAUUGGUGAGACCAUACCUCUUCAUAGAAACUUACAAAUAUUCAAUCUUAGUUCAUUUUGAAAGGAUCAAAAGUGAAAAAAGAAGCAGAUGUGUACAUAGAAGAAGCCAUCAUGUCUAAUCCAAUCAUACCUAUCAAUUCAGAAGUAACAUUCUUUCUACCGUAGGUUGGAUAUUUGUGUGGACCAUGGAUCUUCCUUGGGUAUAUUUCUGGAUCUUUCAUGUGAUGUCUUCUCGACAUUUAGGAGCCAAUAAAGAUGUAUUUUUAAAAGUUUCCAACUUGACUGCUACGCAUCUCAUUCAUGUUUCACUUUCUUUGACAAUAUGAUUUUCGUAAUUGAUAUGUACACUUGAAUAUUAUCUUGAAUAUCAUCAAUAGAUAAAGAAUCCCAAAUUGCUGGCAGAAGGCACAACAAAAUCUGUGGUAGUUUCACUUUGUUUAAGGCCAAAAUAUUAGCCAAAUG